AUGGCUAGCACAGAAAACAUGAUUUCUCAACUAAAAAAACUAUCAAUCGCGGAACCUGCUGUUGCCAAGGACUCCCAUCCUGAUGUAAAUAUUGUGGAUUUGAUGAGAAACUACAUUUCUCAAGAACUAAGCAAGAUAUCUGGCGUCGAUACCUCCCUUAUUUUUCCAGCUUUGGAAUGGACAAACACUAUGGAUAGAGGUGAUCUGCUAAUUCCUGUUCCAAGAUUGAGAAUCAAAGGUGCUAACCCAAAGGAUUUAGCUGUUGAGUGGGCUGAAAAAUUUCCAUGUGGUGACUUCUUAGAAAAAGUUGAAGCUAAUGGUCCAUUCAUCCAGUUUUUCUUCAACCCCCAGUUUUUAGCAAAGCUUGUUAUCCCGGAUAUCUUAAUCAGAAAGGAGGAAUAUGGAUCUUGCAAGUUGGUUGAGAACAAAAAAGUUAUAAUUGAAUUUUCGUCUCCAAAUAUUGCGAAGCCAUUCCAUGCUGGCCAUUUAAGAUCCACUAUUAUUGGUGGGUUUUUGGCCAACCUUUAUGAAAAAUUAGGCUGGGAAGUUAUGAGGAUGAACUACUUGGGCGACUGGGGCAAACAAUUUGGUCUUUUAGCUGUUGGCUUCGAAAGGUACGGUAAUGAAGAGGCUUUAGUGAAAGAUCCAAUUCACCAUCUAUAUGACGUUUAUGUUCGUAUCAACAAGGACAUCGAGGAAGAAGGUGAUAGUGUUCCAUUAGAAGAAUCAACGAAUGGAAAGGCCCGUGAAUAUUUCAAAAGAAUGGAGGAUGGCGAUGAGGACGCUUUAAAAAUUUGGAAGAGGUUCCGUGAAUUUUCUAUCGAAAAAUACAUCGACACAUAUGCACGUUUGAACAUCAAAUACGACGUCUACUCUGGUGAAUCCCAAGUUUCCAAAGAAUCCAUGCUAAAGGCCAUCGAAAUUUUUAAGGAAAAAGGUUUGACACAUGAGGAUAAAGGUGCCGUAUUAAUUGACUUAACAAAAUUUAACAAGAAAUUGGGCAAGGCUAUUGUCCAAAAAUCGGAUGGUACUACAUUAUAUUUGACCAGAGAUGUUGGUGCUGCCAUGGAUCGUUAUGAGAAGUAUCAUUUCGAUAAAAUGAUUUAUGUCAUUGCUUCUCAACAAGAUUUGCACGCUGCUCAAUUCUUCGAAAUUUUGAAACAAAUGGGUUUUGAAUGGGCCAAAGAUCUACAACAUGUUAAUUUUGGUAUGGUUCAAGGAAUGUCAACUAGAAAGGGUACUGUUGUGUUCUUGGAUAACAUUUUAGAGGAAACCAAGGAAAAAAUGCACGAAGUUAUGAAAAAAAACGAAAACAAAUACGCUCAAAUUGAAAAUCCAGAAGAAGUUGCUGAUUUAGUUGGUAUCUCUGCCGUCAUGAUCCAAGAUAUGCAAGGUAAACGUAUCAACAACUACGAAUUUAAAUGGGAGAGAAUGCUUUCAUUUGAAGGUGAUACUGGCCCAUACCUUCAAUAUGCUCACUCAAGACUAAGAUCUGUUGAAAGAAAUGCUUCCGGUAUUACCCAAGACAAAUGGAUAAAUGCAGAUUUUUCAUUAUUAAAAGAACCAGCAGCUAUAUUAUUGAUUAGAUUGCUUGGCCAAUACCCUGACGUUUUGAGAAAUGCCAUCAAAACUCAUGAACCAACAACCGUAGUCACGUAUUUAUUCAAAUUGACUCACCAAGUUUCUUCUUGUUAUGAUGUAUUAUGGGUUGCUGGUCAAACUGAAGAAUUGGCUACUGCUCGUUUGGCCCUAUAUGGUGCUGCAAGACAAGUCUUAUAUAACGGUAUGCGUUUGUUGGGUUUAACUCCUGUUGAAAGAAUGUAA